AUUACACCCUCUCCUCGUCAACCAUCGUCAGUCAAUAGACGUCCCCCAAUACAUCAGACACGUAACUCAACUCAUUUAUCAUGUCUGAAAUUCGCCGCAAGCUCGUCAUCGUCGGAGACGGUGCAUGUGGAAAGACCUGUCUUCUCAUCGUCUUCUCCAAGGGCACAUUCCCAGAGGUCUACGUCCCCACCGUGUUUGAGAACUACGUCGCGGACGUCGAGGUGGAUGGGAAGCACGUCGAACUCGCUCUAUGGGAUACCGCCGGUCAAGAGGACUACGAUCGUCUCCGUCCGCUCUCAUACCCCGACUCCCACGUCAUCCUCAUUUGCUUCGCCGUAGACAGCCCGGACUCGCUCGACAACGUCCAGGAGAAGUGGAUCUCUGAGGUGAUGCACUUCUGCGCGGGGCUCCCCAUCAUUCUCGUUGGGUGCAAGAAGGAUCUCAGGCGCGAUCCCAAGACGAUCGAGGAGCUUCGCAAGACCUCCCAGCGCCCGGUGACACCCGAGGAGGGCAUGGCCGUCGCCCAGCGCAUCGGUGCACGCCACUACCUGGAAUGUUCCGCCAAGACAGGCGAGGGCGUGCGCGAGGUCUUCCAGUACGCGACUCGUGCGGCACUGCUUAACCGAAAGCAGAAGCCGAACAAGGGCAAGUGCAUUAUUGCCUAGGCGAGCGACGUUGGACCGUCAGCGCCUUUCCCAGCAGCUCAGUCCCUCCACCGUGGUGAUUCGAUUGGAACGCAUGUCGUUAGGAGAACUUGGUUGAUGCUGUGUGAUAUCAGGCGCAGGGGCGUCAAAUAGCCGUGGUUGGAUGAUUCUUUCGACUCGCUCUGUUGUGUCGUUUCCUGUGCAUCAGUGCGAUGUAUGAUGACUCUUUUCUUAUCCGUCUCCUCUCAAGCGUGCCAUUCACGCGUGUCUCACGCCCGUCUUACAUCUUCUAUCCCAUCCGGCUCAUUUUCCUCUCCCUUACAACCUGGCUCGGUUUUCCCUUUCCCACUUCCCGCCCUGUGCCCUAUUAUCUCCCUGUCUUACCU